AUGGUCUGGUAUCUUGACACCGACAUCUCGGGCCAAUCCAAGCCCUGAGCUCAGCACCCAGAAUGCGGCUGAGCAGCCGGAGAGGGCUGGAGUAGAAGCAGCAGCUUAUAGCCUGAUAAACGAGUGACCGCUAGCUUCAUGUCAGCCGCGCAGACAUCACUGAAGUAGCAGCAGUGGAAAUCUUCCUGCGGGAAGGAGGGGGGGAGACAGAAGGAAGAAGAGCGAGAGGACGGGCAAGAAGGGAUACGGGACAUCAUUUGAUCCGACGGGAGUAAAUGUUUACGUUGAUUCGGUUUCAACUGUUUUAAAGAGCUCCAAAAACAAUAAGAAUAAUAAAAUAAAAAAAACAGCAGGAAGGUUAGCUAGCCGCCGCCAUCUCCUCUUAGUCGGAGCGACUUCCACACCAUGGGAAACGCUGCAACCGCCAAGAAGGGCAACGAACUGGAGAGCGACACAUUUGUUAAAGAGUUUCUGGCUAAAGCCAAAGAAGAUUUCUUACAGAAAUGGGAAAACCCACCAAAGUGCUCAACGUGCCUAGAGGACUUUGACAGGAUAAAGACUCUUGGUACGGGCUCAUUUGGAAGAGUCAUGCUGGUCAAACACACAGAGUCAGAACAGUACUUUGCCAUGAAAAUCCUGGAUAAGCAGAAGGUGGUGAAACUUAAGCAAAUAGAACACACAUUAAACGAGAAGAGGAUAUUACAAGCUGUGAGCUUUCCUUUUAUCGUCACACUCCAGUACGCCUUUAAGGACAACUCCAAUUUGUACAUGGUAAUGGAGUACAUUCCAGGAGGAGAGAUGUUCUCUCACUUAAGACGAAUUGGAAGAUUCAGUGAGCCACACGCACGAUUUUACGGCGCCCAGAUUGUGCUGACGUUUGAGUACCUACAUUCAUUAGACCUCAUCUACAGAGAUCUAAAACCUGAGAAUCUUCUCAUUGACAACCAUGGCUACCUUCAGGUGACAGACUUUGGAUUCGCCAAGAAAGUAAAAGGAAGAACCUGGACGUUGUGUGGAACACCAGAAUACCUCGCGCCAGAGAUCAUUCUAAGCAAAGGCUAUAACAAAGCCGUGGAUUGGUGGGCCCUCGGAGUUCUCAUCUACGAAAUGGCAGCUGGUUACCCUCCGUUCUUUGCAGAUCAGCCGAUUCAGAUCUAUGAAAAGAUAGUGUCCGGAAAGGUACGAUUCCCGUCCCACUUCAGCUCUGACUUGAAGGACCUGUUAAGAAGCUUGCUGCAGGUGGACCUGACCAAACGCUACGGAAACCUGAAGAACGGCGUCAAUGACAUCAAAGGCCACAAAUGGUUUUCCACAACAGACUGGAUCGCAAUCUAYGAGCGAAAGGUGGAAGCUCCAUUCAUACCAAAGUGCAGAGGCCCCGGGGACACGAGCAACUUUGACGAUUACGAGGAGGAGGCUAUCCGCAUUUCUGUAACGGACAAAUGCGCAAAGGAGUUUGCAGAUUUUUAAGACAGAAGAACAUGGAUAUAUCAGGGAAUCAUAACGGGGACCUUUGCACUCUUCUAAAAGACUUGGGAUGGAAUGAGGACCAUCUUUUUUU